AGGUGAAAACAUUUCCAGCUGGUGGGUGGAAAAGGACUACCAUUACGGUACCAUCAUUUGGCGUUUCGUAUAACAACGGCGACUUUACGGUGCUUAACAGUGGGCUCUGGUGCCCGCGUUCGAUUACUGACGAAUUUGUGCUCAAGACGGCAAGAAAGUGUAUCAAUCUCAUUUAAGUAAAGUGUAGUGCGUUUAACGCGAACAGUUGUAUUUCGUCUUUGUUUGUGUCAAGUUGUGUUAACUAAACUUUUAUAAGGAAAAUGGCUGGUACGUUGCCUGCUUUAAAUCAAGAACCAAUCUUCAAGAAAAUUCAGGAAUACUAUGAUGCUCACAACCAGGAACUUAUCAUAAAGGACUUAUUUAUCAAUGAUCCAAAGCGAUUUAACAAAUUCAGCUUGCGCCUGGGAACGCCCAACGAUGGUGAAAUACUGUUGGACUACUCAAAGAAUCGCAUCAAUGAUGAUGUAUGGCCGAUGCUCUUGGAAUUGGCCAAAUCUCGUCGUGUGGAGGUGGCACGUGAUGCCAUGUUCAGUGGCCAGCACAUCAACAUUACGGAGAAUCGCGCUGUCCUGCAUACGGCAUUGCGUAAUCGUAGCCAGGAGCCGGUGGUGCUUGACGGUCACGAUGUGAUGCAGGAUGUGCGUGCUGAGCUAACGCAUAUGAAGGAGUUCACCAACAAGGUAAUCUCUGGAGUCUGGCGCGGUUGCACUGGCAAACAAAUCACCGAUGUGGUCAACAUUGGCAUUGGUGGUUCCGAUUUGGGACCACUUAUGGUCACCGAAGCUCUGAAACCCUACGGCAAGGGUUUGCAUUCACAUUUCGUGUCAAAUAUCGAUGGCACCCACAUGGCUGAGGUUCUGAAGAAGGUCGACUAUGAAACCACAUUGUUCAUCAUUGCCUCGAAGACGUUUACAACUCAGGAAACCAUCACGAAUGCCACAUCGGCCAAGGCAUGGCUAUUGGAGCAUACCAAGGAUGAAGACGCAGUCGCCAAACAUUUUGUGGCUUUGUCAACCAACAAGGAAAAGGUAACCGCGUUUGGUAUCGACAGUGCUAACAUGUUUGGCUUCUGGGAUUGGGUGGGUGGACGCUAUUCCUUGUGGUCGGCUAUUGGUCUAUCAAUUUGCCUGUCGAUUGGAUUCGAGAACUUUGAACAGCUGCUCGAUGGCGCCCAUUUCAUGGAUAAUCAUUUUAAAUCCGCACCAUUGGAACAAAAUGCACCUGUUAUUCUGGCAAUGCUUGGCGUUUGGUAUUCCAACUUCUUUAAUGCCGAGACUCACGCUCUGCUGCCAUACGAUCAGUAUAUGCACCGAUUUGCGGCAUAUUUCCAGCAGGGUGACAUGGAAAGUAAUGGCAAAUUUGUGAGCAAGUCUGGCAAGAAAGUGGCCUAUAGCACUGGCCCAAUUGUUUGGGGUGAGCCUGGUACAAACGGCCAGCACGCUUUCUACCAGCUAAUACAUCAGGGCACGCGUCUAAUUCCAUGCGAUUUCAUUGCGCCUGCUCAGACGCAUAAUCCAAUUGCCGGUGGCAAACAUCAUAAGAUCUUGCUAUCAAACUUCCUGGCUCAAACCGAAGCGUUGAUGAUGGGCAAGAGCACAGAGCAAGCACGCGCUGAGCUCACCAAGGCUGGUGUCUGUGGCAAUGAGCUGGAGAACUUGCUGCCACAUAAGGUAUUUGUUGGUAACCGUCCGACAAACUCAAUUGUUGUUAAAAAAGUCUCACCUUUCACUUUGGGUGCAUUGAUUGCACUAUACGAGCACAAAAUAUUUGUACAGGGUAUCAUUUGGGACAUUAACUCAUUCGACCAAUGGGGCGUUGAGUUGGGUAAACAACUGGCCAAGGCCAUUGAGCCAGAACUCGACCAUUGCGAGGAGGUCACCGGACAUGACAGCUCGACAAAUGGCCUGAUUAAUUUCAUAAAAGCAAAUUGGAAGUAAACAUUGUUACCAAAAUUGGCAUCUUCGCUCAAUUGGGUCGUCUACUUAUUUAUAAUCAAUACUGCUUAAUUCUGUUUAUGGCACAAAAUUUGAAGAUACAUAUACUUACAUACUAUAUUUAUGCAUAUUGGAAUAUUCGAUGUAAAAGCAUUUGUUUUGCAAUUUGCAAUAAUCUCACUAUCGGUAGUUACGUGUACAAUAUUACACAUUAUAUGUUGUUGUUGGAUGUAGUUUAUGAAAAUGAAAAACGUAAAAGCAGAACGCAUAAAGAUUAAAGAUGUAUUUGAAAAA